GUUAAUUAAUCAAGUUUGCUUUUAUAUUUCAACAAAUUAAUAUGUUCUUAGCUACUUUUCAUCUACUUUUAGUCCUUGGUUGCCUGCUAAUGCAGCCAAGUACGGCACCACGACUGAAUGCCAAAUUCAUAAAAAUGUGGACAAAUGCUAAAGAACAAACUAAGACUGUGGUAGCCAAACGCGAGUCAGCUGCAGCUCCACCACCCCCGUAUAUAAUCCAUCCAAGCAUGCGCUCGCUAAUAGAACAGGAAAGAAGUCGGAUACCUUACGUUAGAUUGCGAAAUGCGGAGCUUAAUGCGCCGGGAACACUUCGUGCACGUAUAAACCCAUUCAAAAAGUAUUAUCCCAGUGGAAAAUUGAGCACCGUAUGUCGAGGCCGUUCAACUAUUUAUAAUAGACCAAAAGUAAAGGCAUGGCUAAAUAUUCAAGUCAAAUCGUACUGGGGAGGUGAGGGAGCGCGGUACAAGAGACCUAUUUACUUUGAUCUGCGCAAUGAGAUGUAUAUACAGGGGAGAUCCGAAGAGUGCCAUACCGAAGAUCUUAUAGUAGUAAGGAAGUAUUUAGAGUGCGCCUUGAAACGCAAUAUGCGUAUGGAAUACUUGAUUCCAAGAUAUCCCUUGCAUCAAAUUUUCUAUCAUCAUAGAACUGUGCACUAUAACAACUAUUAGAGCUUAAAAUAUACUUUCAAGAAC